GGUUGCUGUGGUAACUGGAAAGCUGACGCGUCCCCUUCCAUGUUGUCGUGGGCACCAUGUUGAACCCUCAUCGCCACUCGGUGCUGACCAAUGCCUGUGUCAAGCCCUCAGUGGACCCCGUUAACCGGAUCGCCGGCACCAUCUAUGAGCCAAAGGGGCGGGUGCGGCUUUUGGGCCUGAUCUCGGAGAGCUCCCCUCCACAGCAGGUAGCUCGGAGAGGGCAACGGGGGUUUCUUGCUCCCAUAAGCGGAGGCCAUACUUCUCACACACAAAACAACCAGAUUAGCACUGUUUUAAUAUGCUCCUUCCUUAGGCGCUGUACAAAGAGGUGAAGUCACGGUUUCUCCAUCCAGUGAUAUUUGGUGUGAGGAAAAUUUGGCCUUCGUGGUUAAACUACAGCGCCCAUCAGCCCUAGCAAGCAUGGCCAAUGGCCUGGUAUUAUAGAUGUUUUAGUUCAGCAAUAUCAGCAUGGCCAAAAUGCUUCUGUGUACCUCAUAUACUUUCCAAGCGUGUUUCCCUUGCUACUUGGGGGGGGGGGUCUGCCUCACAGGGACGUGUAAGCCUUUGAAAACCAGAGAGAAGUAUUGUGAAUGUGUCCACCAAGGCCACACCAACUGCCAGGUGCGGCCAUGCCACUGGCAUGCAGCCCCCAGGCACCCACCCAUUGCUCCUUGUGGCCCUUGGAAGCCAGAGGAUUGCCUGCUCCUAGCCAGAGAGUGAUGGGGCCCAGGUGAAUGAUGGGAAAUUCUCAGUCAGUCUGCAUGGGAAUCAUUGUUUCCCUUGGACUUGAUUUCGUAACUUGUACCAGAAGUUGUAUGGCGGGGAGGGAAAGGGUGCAGAAUGCAAGUGAACACGCAUGCCUAAAUAUCUCUAUUUUUAAGCCUCAGUUUCACAGUGUGCCAGGCAGUAAAUCGCACAGUUCAAAGCAAAAGCACAAUACACAUUGCUUAAUUUACUUUGAAAUGUGGUAAGGCAGUCCAAUUAGGGCAUGCUGAAUUUGUCAGCUUACCAAUUUCCAAAAGGAGAGGUGCUAAAAAGUUGUAACAUGACUUGGGAAUUCAAAAUAAAUUGCUUGGUUAUAUUGAUUUAAUUUAGUUUGGAUUGGUACGUAAAAUGUGUGUGAAAUUGCAUAGAAAUCAUGACAAAUGAUUGCCAAGUACUUGAAGUUGUAUAUUAUAUAUUAAUAUUGUUUUUAUUUAUUAUUAUUAUUUAGCAUGACUGACAUUUUCAGAAGGGAAAAUUAGAAUUCAUUGGUUUUCCUAGAGCAAUUUAUUCUAUGCUUCUUCAUAAAAUGUAGACUUACCAAGCUAAAUGUUGUCCAAUCACAAAAUAAAAGCAGAUUUGAAUUCCUCCCACCCAAAAAGGUAUUUUUAAGGCUCCUCACUGAAGAAGUUAACAAGAAAUAAGUUCCACCCUGUAAAAUGAUAUAUCCUACUGCUGUAUUUAGGGGGCCUCAUUCUGCUGAGUGGGGUCCUGGGCAUCUGCCCCAAAGUCCUGCCCGGAUGGUACCACUAGAAUCACUGCAGUCAUUCUAGUGGUAAAGCAGUGGUAAAACUGCCACUGGAAAAAACACUGCGUUUUACCAGUGUUUCCUGGCUCCUAGGAUUUCAGGUGUGCCCUCAGGCAUGACAUUUUUGGCUCCUAACCCCAACCUGGAAGAGCAAACUGAGGGAGCUCUUAUGUUCCAACCGAUCUUCUCUGUGCAAAGUAGAAAGUGUGGUUUGGUUUAGACGGUGGGCCCUCUGCUGGGCUCAGGGUCCUGGUGCCCAAAUGCAUGUCUCUGGAGCCAGCCUUGGUGCUAUAAAACGUCUCUGUGUGACUCAGGAGGACUACCUGGAUGCUGGUGAUGGGAUGCUGAUCUGCAUGAAGCGGGCAAAGAAGAGAGGCCCUCACCCCGCAAGGAAGCCCUGCUGGGAGCCUGAGGAAACAGUUCCAAAUGCCAACAGCAUCUCAGACAUAGACCCAGAGCAAGAACUGAGCAGGCAAGUUGUUGCUGUGGGCUUUGGGGGGGUCCCAUCCACAGCAUACAUUUAAAGCACGCCUAUACUGUUAUAAGGGGUCCAGAUGGUGCUGUGGUCUAAACCAUUGCGCCUCUUGGGCUUGCCGAUCAGAAGGUCGGCGGUUCUAAUCCCCACAACGGGAUGAGCUCCCACUGCUCGGUCCCAGCUCCUGCCAACCUAGCAGUUCAAAAGCACGCCAAAAAAGUGCAAGUAGAUAAAUAGGUACCACUCCAGCAGGAAGGUAAACGCCGUUUCCGUGCGCUGCUCUGGCGUCGGUGUUCCGUUGCGCCAGAAGCGGCUUAGUCAUGCUGGCCACACGAUCUGGAAAAACUGUCUGCGGACAAAUGCCAGCUCCCUCGGCCUGUAAAGCAAGAUGAGCGCCACAACCCCAGAGUCUUCUGCGACUGGACUUAACUGUCAGGGGUCCCUUUAUGUUUUUAUACUAAUAUAACAAUUGUGGCUUCCCCCAAAGAAUCUCGCAACAGUAGUUUGUGAAGGGUGAUGUGAGGGGUCUUCUAACAACUCUCAACGCCUUUAAUAAGCUACAGUUCCCAGGAUUCUUUGGAGGAAUCCUAAGUAAGGAAUGGGUUGUAAUUCAAGGGGAAUGCACCUGAUUCAGAGCAGGAUCUGUUUGUGCUUAUAAUUUUAAAAUAAACAACCUGCCCAGUCUGAGGUCUUACAGAGUGGUCAAGUUUUGAAAGGAGCAUUUUUACAAUUUACACAGUUCAAAGAUGGAGUUAACUCUUUAUUAGCAAAAACAUGAUCCCCCAAGACUUGGGGUUGAGUGUCAGGCCUAAUAGUCAGAGCAGCACAUUCCCAGUGGUCUUCCUCCAUGAAAACCAGUUGCCGAGACUAUGCCUCCUCACAGCCUUCCCUUCCACUGCAGGGUUUUUUCCAAGCAAUCUGAGACUGCGGCUGCAGGCAGCCAACCUACCUCUCCUCCUCCCUUUUCAUGCCUCUCUGGGUUCUGGGAAACAAGUGGGGAAGGGAGAUUGUCACAUCAGGAGGGGGAGACACCUGUGAUCCUUCUUCAGCAGGACUCAUCUCUGUCUCAUCACCUCCCUCCUCCCUGGCUUCUGUUUCUGCCUCUGAUUCUGGUCUUCUCUCUGCCACAGACUCUCCCUGCUCACUAAGCCCUGUUACCUCUCCAGCUUCCGGCAGCUCCUCUUCCCAGUCCUCUCCCUCCAACCACUCAGCAUCGUCCCAUCAUCCCUCCACAGGCUGUGAGGCUUCUUCUCUGUGUGGUUCUCCUGCUUGUUUUCCCACCAUUCCUCUGCACCCAACCAGUCCAUGACAUAGAAUAAUAAAAUUGUAGAGUUGGAAGGGACCCUGGGGAUCAUCUAGUCCAACCCCCUGCAACGCAGGAAUAUGCUUCUGUCCAAUACGGGGAUUGAACUAGCAUCCUUAGCAUUAUCAGCAUUAUCAGCACCAUGCUCCAACCAACUGAGCUAUCCAGGUUCACAAGUGAAAUGUGCAUCAGAUGCUGCAAUUGUACUGCAGUUCUUUUAAACUCUCUUUGCCACUGAGCCAAAGUCCUUCAAUAGGACCUGCCUCCGUGGUUGUGUGACACCCACUAGUGUGAUUGGAAAGUAGCAGGAUGUGCCCCCCAAAAGAGAAUGCCAGUAAAAAUACACUGAUUCCCGGACUGUCCAUGGGCUGGAUUUAGAAGGUGAUUGGGCCGGAUCCGGCCCCCGGGCCUUACUUUGCCUACCCAUGCACUAAAAGCUGCUGGUCUGGAAGUGUUUUGAUUAUCCAAAUCAAAGUUGGGAAGCAGAGUUCCAAAACUGGGAGGUGAGGAGACCAGGUUUGUGUCCAACCUGAGUGCUGCUGCUUCCCCCCUAGGCAGCACCCAGUACCUCCCACUCCAGAUGUCAGCAAUGCCUCGCCAAGCCCUACACCAGUUCCCGCAUCUGCCAAGCAAUCUCGACCGGGUUCCUUUCCCUUCCACUGGAUGUGGGAGAGCAUCUCUGUCAACGGCCAGGCCAUGUACCAAGACCGGCUCCUGGAGAAACCCAAGAAGAAGAGGUCCCCUCAGACUUCUGUCACCACCUUCCGUGAGCCUCCCUGCACGCCAGAGCUGGGGAACCCGAGAGCCGGCAGCCCUAAAGGCGGCCAUUGCUCGAAAGACCCCAAGCCCUCGAAUGGCGUCCCUGAGGAUCCCUGGCCCACAUGCCAGAAGUGCCACCGCCAGGUGGGCCUGGCUCCCGGGAGCUCCCUCUUGCCUCUCUACUGGAAGAUGGACUCCCGGCAGGAGGCUCGGAAACGGCAGAUGCGCCAGGAGCGCCACCGCUGGCUGCAGCUCACCCAGGAGCUGCUGAGCCUGGAGGAUCAGGGCCCCAGGAGCAACAAGCGCUUCUCGCUCAAGCGGCUGGAAGAGAAACUCCGAGCGGAGCUCCUCUGCCUGGCUACAGAGCCCGAGGAGCCUGCUCCCCAGAGGGAGGCCAGGAGAGCCAAGGGCCGGGCCCAGACCGACAGGGAAGAGCAGCUGACCUUCCAGCCCACCAUCAACCGCAGGAUCCCCAAUUUCAAGAGUCUCCAGAGGCGCUUCCAAGAGCAACUGGAGCAGAGGAAGGAUCAAGGUGGGGAGCAGUCAUUCAUUGAUAAUGGGCAAGGUGAGGGGUGGCAUAAAGUCAAGAUUAAGGAUGGCAUCCAACUAAGUCCGACUCAGUUGGUCAAGUGAGUUGUUGUUGUUGUUAUAAGGGGGGAGAAACCCGCUCCUUUUCCCUUAUGGGGUAUUCCAGAGCCCAUAUAGAGUCCUUAAGUGGGUUCCCUAUUAGUAGGAGAAAUAACAGCCAACUAGAGUAAAUUGAAAAGCAAAGCAGCUAGCAAGCCUGAUCUUUAUUCAGGGAACUGUUGCAACAGGGUCCCCACUUACCACACGCAGGAGGGAGGAGAACUCUGAACAAUGCUGCGCAAGCCCAUAUAUAGACUUUUGAAAUUGCCCACCCUGUAGCCCAAAACCACCACCCCAAACAUCAUACAUACAUCACAGAAGGAGGCGGUCUACAGCAGAGGAGGUGGUCUACAGCAGAAAUCCUUUUUGCCAGGAUACCUGAUAAUGGUCACUGAUUGCAUUACCUGGGCAGCCUGGCCAUUCUUUUGUGAUAGUUAAUACUUUAGUUCCUAAAUCCAGGUCACAGGCUCCCCCUAUUCAUACACAAAUGCGCCCUUAAAACAGGAUUUGAAAGCAAAAAGACAGUGGGAAGGCUUUCCCCGUUUGCCUCCUUUACUGCAGAGGAAUAUUUGAGGUCAUUGAGAGAUUCAAAAUGGCUUCAAGAUUGUUCUCCUAUACCGUUUCAGACACAUGGUUCAUGUAAUUAGAUAUGUGUGCAUUUAUGAACAUUUAUUCUAUAUUUGAGACCUUAAAAUUCUUAUAACAUUAUUAUUACAAUUAUUACAUUUAUAACUUGCCUUUCCCCCUAAUGUGUGCUGGCCUCUCUUUCUUUUCUCUCUUCUUCACUCUCUGUUUUCCUUUCUUUGCUUUUUCUCCUUUUUUCUAGAGACUGGAUUAUAAGAGCAAUCAUUGUCAUUUAAAGUUUACUCGUAAUCCGGUGUAUCCUUGUAAACGGUCCAGUUCCUGUUUGGAUGUUUGUUUCUAUUUCUGUUGUCAUAGUUUCAAUAAAAAAUAUUUUAAAUUAGUCAAUUAAUAUGCUGCGAAGUGACGAUAUGUGGGCAGGCGGGUUGGGACGGGUCACGUUAAUGCCUCUGUGCUCUCCUCCGCCCAGCAAAACUGACCAUCUGUAAGCCUUUCCGACUUCACUCCACGGGCAGCUCCCAGCAAUUCUCUGGAGAAGAGGACAAGCAGGACCCAGAAGACCCGUAUUACGAGGUCCGGCGGUUGUAUGGGGUUCACUGGAGGGCCCAUUCUUGCCCGGACUUUGGUCCCCCCAUGGUUGCUCCAGUGAUGCACACCAAGACCUCUGACAAGCGGCAAGAGGCCAACAGGUAAGCAGGGCACCUGGGGAGGGAGGUGGCGGCUCCAAAGUCUUUGUGCUAUUAUUUCCUGCAGUCCAAUGAGAAAGGCCAGGGGGUUGCUUGGGGGUAGGUUGCAAAAUUUUCAGCUAAACAUUAAAACAAAUAACCCCAAAAGCUGACUGUUGCUAAGUGAAAGCUAGGGAUGGAAGAGAAAUUAAAUUCAUUUUGUGUUUAAAGAGGAACCUAAUUCGCCAUUUCUGAAACAGGAAACAACACUCCCCACCCUCCCCUCCACCUUUGAAAUACUCACUUCCCUAAAUUUUGCAAUUCACUUCUGCAGCCAAGUAAUGUGUAGAGAAAUGCAUACACUAACAUACAGUGUACACAAAAAUGUCCAUCUUAGUGAAAAUAAGACAAAAAUGUGAUUUAUUGGGGAGAAUUGCUUUGCAAAAAUGCGUAUAUUAAGCAAAACUGCAAGCAGAGGUACAGUUGUACCUCGGAAGUCAAACGCCUUGCGAGUCAAAUGUUUUGGCUCCCAAAUGCCGCAAACCCGGAAGUGAGUAUUCUGAAUGGUGAACGUUCUUUGGAACCCGAACGUCUGACGCAGGUUCCGAUUGGCUGCAGGAGAUUCCUGCAGCCAAUCGGAAGCCGCGCCUUGGUGUCUAAACAUUUUGGAAGUCAAACAGACUUCUGGAACGGAUUCCGUUCAACUUCCGAGGUACGACUGUAUGUCUAUAUUAAGAGAGGAAACCAUACUAAAAUGCUGCUGAAUCUUCACGAGGACCCCUUUUUUAAAACAAAAAUCACAAAAUGAUGUGGAAGAGUGGAGAACGGAACUUCAGGUAGGAAAAAAGAGGGACUGCAAUAGACAGAAUUGCUCAUCCUUGAGACACCGUGUUUACUGAGUGUUCAUUCUUCCAGUCUUUACUGAUAUGAUUAUACCACAGUCAGCAUUCAUCCAGCACGGCACUCAUCCCAGUUUGCUUGCAGAACAUUUACACAUCUUCGUUAUUUGUUGCCCUCACCCUUUGCAAUCCAUUUCCCCAUCGCUUUCCUCCCACCGCUAAAAAGUCGGCCUCUUUUCUAAAAGCCCUUCAAUCCCCUUUAGCCAACCUACAUUCCUGGCCUGCACUUGAACACAAUGCCAGCCUGCCUGGAGGACCCCUUCACCCUCACCUCUAAGAGGUUUCCCCAUGCCUGAGGUUGGCCUCUUUUUGUUAGGAUGCUCUUGCUGGAGUGGGAGAGGCAGGAACGGAAGGAGAAGCGGCGAGCUGAGCUGCGCAGGGUGAAGGAGCAGCAAGUGCAGCGGGAAGUGGCCAAGUGCUUGGCGACGUACCAGACCAUGGACCACCCCUCCGUGUCAUUGCAGAGAAAACGGGAGGUGCUCAGGUAACGUGCCAUGAGGUUUCUGCAAAGUCCCUCUGGGCUGUGGGGAAGAACAGGGGCUGCAUAUGCACCAUACCUUGAAAGUGUGGGACUGUUAAGGAUAGUAGGAAAGGAUAUAUUGAUAAAAUAUGAUCCUUCCACGCUAGUGAGUCAUGUAGCAGAGCAGAUUCCCCCCAAUACAACAGUAAAGCUAGUUUGCAGAUUCGUUUGAAUCUCUUUAGUUAAGCAAUCUAGUCUUGCUUGCCCAGAUUGGAUUAUUCUUGGCAAGUCCCCUUUGAUCUCUCUUAUAAGAAUCAAGACACAAGAGUCUUAAAAGUAACAAGAAGUUUACUCACAUUCAGUUCACAGUAUAAUCCCUGCAGGCAGGCUUUAUCUUGUAAUUACAGAACAAAGUGUGAGCUCAUCCCAUAUGGAGACUGAGCCCGUGUACUGCUGGCUGAGAGCCAGCAGACAGCAAAAUACAUUAAGAGAAGAAAAUGUCAUCAAGAGAAAGAUGGCUGCGUGACUCCACUUUUAUGGAGUCAGCCAGGGUCACGCCCAUCUGCCUGGUCACAUGCAGGGAGAGGACACUCCAGACCAGUGGAACAGGAAGUUCUACUGGCUGGCGUAACAUCCGCCUGCCUGUGUCCACUCUAGGGAAACAAGGAAUGUUGUAUUUGACUGCUCCAGUGGAUUACAUCCCACAGAGAGCACAUUCGCCGUCCCCAAAGAACCCUGGGAACUGUAGCUUACCCCUCACAGAGCUACAGUGCCCAGGAUUCUUGAGGCGGGCGGAUGUGCUUUAAAGGUGUACACAGCCUGUUUUCUGGCUUGCGCUCAGCUGCCAACUAGGGUUGUAUCGAGGACUGCCAAAAUUAUUACCCGGCGAUCUUCAUAAGGCUGGAAGGAGCAAUUCUGCUCUUGAGCAUGACAGAGGUUUCUGGGAAGAUUAUGGGUUGUUCAAGGGCACAUUCCUGCCAGAGGAAGUUACUUAAGGAGGGCAACAGAGCAGAGCUGCUGAGGGGUGUGGCUUGGGUGAGGGGUGUGGCCUUGGGAGGAUCCCAAGGGCCAGACAGAAAAGCCUGGAGGGCCACAUUCCUGGAAUAUUCUUCCUGGCAACAGCUUCCUCCUCCUUUCUGCAGCUACCUGACUUUUAAAAUCUAGAGAUGCCAUUGGGGAGGAUCGAACCUGGGUUGCCCAGACAGCUCAGUUGGUAGAGCGUCAGAUUUAUAAUAUGAGGGUCAUGGGUUCAAGCCCAAAAGAUUCAUGCAUUGCAGGGGGCUGGCCUAGAUGACUAUCAUGGUCCAUUCCAACUCUAUGAUUCACACAAAGCAGGUGUUCUACUUACUUACAGAGGAGCAGACCCAGUUAUUUACAGGUUGGGGUAGAGGGAUCAGAAGAGGAGUAAUGCAGCAAAGGCCUACCAACCUCUCCCUUUGGUGUGCAGGAGGCAGGAGAAGCAGCGCAUGGAAGAGUACACAUUGCAGCUGCAGGAGAUGCAAGACCGUGUGGAGAGCAGACCUUUCUUGUUUGAGAGAGUCAUGCAGGUGAAACAGGGGCCAGGGGGCUGGGGGGGAGGGGAGGGGAAGCAAUGGGUUAUAUAGCAUAGCAGCUUGAAUAUCCGGUUCAGUGUGAGGAGACACAGGUUUGAGUUGUCCACUCGGCCUUGAUUUAUCAAUGCAGAAAACCUUAAAGCAAAAUAAUAAUUCUAAAAAUAUUAUUUCAAGCACUGAUAUCAGGGUUCCCGGGGAACAGUAUCUUUCAGCCCUACGUAAGCAGGAAUGUUCUUAGACUGGCACACCUCGCCACGGAGGGCAUUUCGCAAACAGGAGCUGCCACCAAAAAGGCCCUGCCACAGAUCAGUGCCAACAAGGCCUCGCCUGCUUCGCUGUGUUUGCUGCCAUGGGCACCUUUGGGAGGAAGAGCUGGCUAUAAACAGAACAAAUGUCAACAGGCAGGGACUUCCAGAGGGUAGGUGCUGGCCACACUGAAAGAUCAGUUCCUGGCAAGGCGAUCCAAGUUGCCUCCUGGCCUUUACCUGUAAAGGAAAAGACUUGCUGCCUUUAUUCUGGCAGAGCCAGCAAAAUGGCAGCAGAGAUAGCGAGAGAGCACAGCGUGUGGCAAUAGGGCCAUUUGUACGGUGGUUUUUUUUAAACUACGUUGCCUUUGGCCUGUCUGCGUCUCCAUUCAAGCCUUUCUCCCUGCCAGGCCAACGCCCGCCAGGCUGUGGAGCGCCGUUUCUCCCAGGUCCUGGCCGCGCUGGGGAUCGACGAAGAAAUGCUGUGGAAGCAUGCGGUGCGGCAAUCUGCUCGCAAGUCCUCGGGCAAAGCCAUGUAAGGAAGGUUGAGAGGAAGAGGGUGGCUGGCCGGAGGCCUUCUCCUUCGUCCCCUGAGUGAAAACAGAUAUUUCCCCCUUGUUCAUUUGGAAAUCAUUAUGGACACGGGGUCUUUUCUGCAUGCCAAGCAAGGGCUCUAGCCCUGUGUUAGAAUCAUAGAAUUGUAGAAUUGGUAGUAGGGAUCUCGAGGGUCAUCUAGGGCAACCCCCUGCAAUGCAGCCGUUCCCUAAAGAAGAGGAGCUUAUGCACCCAGGAUGGCCUGCUGGGACUCCCUAGCACCGCCGCUCCCAGGCAGGCUCACCGUCAGUGCACCCCACUUGCAAAGAAAGAAUCGGGAGCUCCAUUUAAUCUCCAGGUUGUUUAUUGGGCACCAAGAGAGAGCAGAACUCAAAGCAAUGGCUUCAAGUUACAAGAAAGGAGAUUCCAACUAAACCUCCGGAAGAACUUUCUGAUAGGAAGAGCUGUUUGACAGCGGAAUGGACUCCCCUGGAAGGUGGUGGGCUCUCCUCCAUCGGAGGUUUUUAAACGGAGGCUCGAUUGUCAAGGAUUCUUUAGCUGCCACUCCUGCAUUUCAGGGGGCUGGACUAGAAGAUCCUUGGGGUCCCAGCCAACUCUACAGUUCUAUGGUUCUAUGAAAUGCUGGUGUGCCCACUGGGGCUGAUGUCAAUUGCCAGCUAUUGAUUUAUAUAUUUUACAUGGGCCUGUGUCCUGUAAAGGCCCAGAGGAUUAUGGAGAGAAGACAGUGGGGUGGCUGCUUUUGCUUUGCAGCACACAUGCCAUGUAAAUUAAACAAGGGGUAAGGCAAAGGGAUCCUUGCCUGCUGCCACCUGAAAAGCUUAUUUGGGUGGCCUGGGUACAGUGGCGUAGCGAGGGUUGCCAGUGCCUGGGGGCUGUACAGAGUGGGGUUGGGAGGGAGGGAAACAGACAGAGUACUACACAUGCACAUUCAACUGCCUAACAGCAUCUGCAUCACCCAGGAGAUCGCAGCUGCAGAGAUAAGAAGAGUCGCUCCGUUGUCCUGGUUCACAUGGAGUAGCCGUUUUCAAUGGAGCUGGGUGUCAGAAGUGUGCAGCUAUAUUGAGGCAGCACCGGGUGUUGACAUUUGGCGCCCCUAACAAUUUUGCGCCCAGGGCAACUGCCACUGUGUCGCCACCCCCCACCCCGCGCUACACCUCUGCCUAGGUGGGAUGCGAGGGGUGUGCAGGCAUGGGGAGUGGAUUGGUGUGUGUGCAUGCAUGGAGGUCCCUGGAAAGCCCUUCUUUCAGGAGGCCAUGUGUCCUGCUUUGCAGAGGACAGCCCUCUCUCCCCUCUGUUGGAAAAGUUGCACGGUUGAUGUCUGGAUUAAAAACAGUCCAUGCUUUAAGCCAAGGUUGGUUGAAAAAGCUGGGGCCUUGAAAGGUUGCCCAUCAAACGUUAGUACCUGGACAGCAGUUCUGGCCCAUGUAUAUACAGUAAACCCUCGGGUUACAUUACUCUUGAGUAACAUAAACUUUGGGUUGCAAAAGCGGCAAACCUGGAAGUAUUUUUCUGGGUUUCGCUGCUCGCGCAUGCGCAGAAGAGCUCUGCGCGCCAUGUGUGUGCGCAAAAGCAGCGCCUCUGGAUAUGGAUUUUUCAGGGUGUCACAGACCCCCGGAAUGAAUUAAAUUCGUAUCCAGAGGGUCCACUGUAGUUGGCAUCUGGUUGGACAUUGCAAGAACAGAGUGUUGGGUUCGAAGGGCCAUUGGCCUGAUCCAGCAGCUGGCCCUUUUUGUUCUCAUGAGCAGGCACACAGUUCACCUGCUCACUGUCCUAUUCCCCACUAUGGCGAGGUGUAUUGUGUUUCUGUUCACACUACAGAAAUUAUUUCUGCGUGCGAGUUGGUACCUACAAAAAUAGCAGAUGCAAAUUUUAUGUGCAUCAGCACCCUCUUUCAUCUUGGGUUUUUUUAUUUUUUGGCAAUGCACACCUGAUGCCUUGCCCAGGACGUUCUCAGACCUGUGGUGUGUUUCAGGCGUAGGAGGACAGAAUCUCCGGAAGAUCUCCCAGAAUCGACCUGAAAGCAAAGCCUGGCAGGCAGAGAAGAAAGAGAAAGAGAGAGGGAACCUUGCAGUGAGAUCUGCACCUUCUGGACCACGAAGCACCUAGAAAUUAAACUAGCUUUGGAGACGAGAA